GCAAGCUGCUUGGAAAAAGCCCAGGCUGCCAAUAGAGCUGCAUUUCGCUCGACGCAGACGCAGCAACAGCACAGCCAUGGAUUUCUUCAAGACCGUACGCUGCAGCGUCGGCAGCCAAACCUUUCCCCCUUUAUCAGACAAAUCCGCAUGACAUCAUUGGUGGACAGCGCUGCGCGCGACGCCGCAGCAGCCGCACGCGUCGCAACGAAACGCCUCACCCUACGAUUAAAAAAAAACGCACAGGUCCAGGACGCCAUGGGCGAGGCCGCGCGCGUCGCGAACGAAAGGAUAGACACCGCGAACCGGGGCAAGAAGAUGCUCGACGAGGGCGGGCCCGACGUCGAGUUGAAAUUGAGAUGCAAGCGCCAGUGCCGCAAGACCGUCGAGGACGACGGGAAACAAGUACGAGCGUUAGAUCAGUUAGCGAGGGAUUACGACGACGCGAUCUCGAAGCUGAAAGCUUCAUUGACGACGGAAGCGCUGCAGCCCGAGGAGAAAUAUGAUUUCGAGCAGCUCGUCGGGUUGUACGAAGAGCGCAAGGCGGCCUGCGAGCGCGCGUCGGCGGCCCUGGCCAAUUUACCUCCUCCUUCACCCUUCAUCUCGCAAGAAGAGGAAGAUGCCAUCCGCAUGCUCGCCGUCAAGGACAAGUACCAGGUCGCGCAGCGCGAGGCGUCUAAUUUAGCCGCGGACGCGUCGGCCGCGGCGCGCGCGGCGACGAGCUAGCCGCGUUCGUUCGAGAGUGUAAAAACUGUGCGUACCGUUA